AUCAAAGCUUCUCCUUGCUAAAUUGGUAGUCCGGGACCCCUUGAAGGCUUGAGUUUACCCCCAAGGGUCGCAGCUCCAUUAGGACUUUUCUUUUUCCGUUUCAUGUUUCAAGCGCUCUACUAAGUAGUUUCAUCAUUUUAUCAACAUCGGAUUCCCUGGAGCCCGACUCCGCUUUUCUUAUCAAAUGAUUUGCCUGGGACGGCUAUCAAUCAGAUCCACAGCGGCUAUUUUGUUCCGAGGUUCGUAGAGACAUCGUGACAUUAUCAAUAACUUCAAUUUCCAUCCAAUAUGGACAAUUACCCACCAUGAGUUUUCCCGAGGAUCUGUUUCCAUUUACCCCAAUACCAGAGGAGACCGUGGACCAUUUCUCCUUGACAUCAUGGUGUAAACCAAUUCUCAAUGACAGCUCCCUCUAUCCCUUUUCAUUCGAUUCGCGGACCCUAAAAGAAGAUACUGGUGAUACCUUUACGGCUAUUACCCUUCAGUCACUCGAUACCGUUCCAUACUACCAAGCCCUCUACUCUCCACCUACCUCCUCGCGCCCCUUUGGUGAGGUUUUAUGUUUGAUGAGUUUGGGUACGCAUGUUAAUGGCCAUGUUGAUACUGCUCACGGCGGAUUCAUUGCAGCGAUGCUAGAUGAUAUGAUAGGUUGUGUAGCAGAAAGCUCCAGAGCAAAGGCUGAAAAUACCUUGACGGCGUAUCUCAACGUCACAUACAAAAAGCCGAUUGGAACACCAGGGGUUGUGUUAGGGAGAAGUUGGGUUGAGAGAAGAGAAGGAAGAAAGCUUUUCGGCAAGGGUACCAUCGAGAAUGGCGAAGGAGUGGUUCUGGCUAGUGGAGAUGCUUUGUUCAUUAUCGUGGAUAAAAUAAAGCCUGGAGCGAAGUUGUGAACGGGUAUUUUGCUUUUCGGAUACUGGAUGCGAUCCAAGCGGCUACGUUAAACUCGAGGUUAGAAAUUCGUCACAUUUAGAGGUGCAAGCCAUUUAUACACGGAAAAUAUAAAUAGGAAAUACAACAAUUAGACAGCUGGGAUGGAGGCCGACAAUUUUAGAUGGUUUAGACGACAAGAUUUUUACUGUUCAGGAUUGAGAUGGACGACUAUUUCGGAUAUCCUUAACCUCGUGGAUAUACCUUCAUUACUAUUCGCAAACCCGCUUUCUUAUAGCAUUGUUCUGGUACUUGAUGGUUUUUACAUUUCAUCUUUUCACAGGCAUUUCUUGAAUAUUUCUCCAUUUUCAAAGUGACAAAGCCAUUUCCUAUCUUCAAUCCAUUUUUGUCCUCUCCUUCCUUCAAGUGAUUAAUCUUCCUCCCCAGG